GUCAUCGCUCAUCACUGAACGUUGAAAGAAUUUUAAAUCUAGAAAUGAGUGAAUUAUAUGAAAAUAAUGUCUGAUAAAAAUUUAGAAAUGGGGGAAAGCAAUUCUCAAAGUCUCACGUCGAUAUUCAAGGGCGGUUUGGAUAUUUAUAAUGAUGUCACAAAUAGCAAUUUACCCAUGAACUCCCCUGAUAUACAGGUAAAUAUUAAGAAGGCAAUGAAAAUUUUUGAGGAUGCUACCCGCUUAGUUUCGUUGGCAGGCAUUUUUAGUAAAAAUGAGGGUGUAAAUGAAGUGGCCACCAAUGAUCUUCAGUACUUUCUCUUACCUGCAUUACUUGGCUCACUCACACUGAAGCUGACAACCGGCCAGCGAAAAGACAUUGUCAAUGUGGCUGAGAUCUACUUCAAAGACUUUUUGAGUAGGUGCAAUGAUUAUGGAUUGAGUAAUUAUCAAAUCAGUGGAGAUCAGGAUAAAGAUGAAAUUGAUCAUGCAGUCAGGGAAAGAACAGAGUUUGAAAAACUUGAGAUGGCUGUGAACACCAGAGCUAAGAAAAUACAAAGGUUUGCAGAACAAAAAGAACUGAAAUCAAGAUUGACAGAUUUGAAGAAGAAUAUGGAGAAUGAACAUGUAGAUGAGGAUAUUAAAAGAAACUAUUUUAUAACAAUGAUCAAAUUAUUCAUCCAUGAAGCUAUUGAUGAAUUGAAUAGUAUAGACAUGGAAAAACCAAUUUUGGAGCACAUGGCUAAUAUGAAAUUGGAUGAAAAGCCUUUGCCAAAGAGACCACCCUCUGCUCCCUUGAAACCCAUUAUUAUAACAAAAGACGAGGUACAAAAAGCUGUUUUUGGUGCUGGAUAUCCUUCCUUACCUACUAUGACGGUUCAAGAGUUUUAUGAUAAGCGUGUGGCUGAUGGGGUUUUUCCUGAUCCUGAUAAAAAGCCAACUGGCACAGGAUCUCUUCUAGAAGCAGCUUCUGCAGGAGUCAAACUAUACGAUGAUGAUUUAGAAGAUGCAAAGAAAGAUAACUUGGAAGAGACUGAUGAUGACGAAAAUAUUGCUAGGAUGAGAGCGAAGGACGAGUAUAAAGAUGAUCAUAGGCGGGGUUGGGGAAACAGAAUGAACAGGAGUUAGUUAGUUAUAUGAAGUAUGGAAUCUUCAGAUAUUUGUUAAGUUAUUGAAUUAAUUUAAUUUUUGUAAUUUGUAAAUUUCUAGUAGCGACAAAUUAACGCAAUGUUGGUAGUCGUUUAGAUUAUUGUGUUAAUAAAUUUGAAGUGAUCAC